GUAUUUGUAUUUCGCCCAACAGCCCCCCUGGGGGAUUGUUUACACGACGCCAACUUCAACAGGGUUGCAUACGCAAUCAGGUCACUGCGGCACGAUCCGUCCUUUAAGUUGAUCGGCGGCGACCUGGCCUAUUUGAUGUUCGGCCGUUCACCUGCUCAAACAAGCUACCUCGAACCACAUCGGAAGAUUUGAUAAUACACAAUGACAAUGAGCGUUCAAGACUUGUCCUUCCCCCAGUCCGAGGCUGCCAAACUUGAGCCUUACCUACCACCAGUACAUGCUCAGCAACCUGAAUCCAGUUUACCGUUUGUCACCUUGACUUUCGCUACUUCUCUGGAUUCUGCCCUCUCCCUCGCGCCCGGAACACGAACAGCUCUUUCCGGUCCCCAAUCCAAGGCCAUGACGCAUUAUCUGCGCAGCCGACACGAUGCCAUAUGCAUCGGGGUGGGGACCGCAGUUGCUGAUGACCCUGGUCUCAACUGUCGUCUACAGGGUAUCGAGACUGCACGGCAACCUAGACCAAUCGUAAUAGAUCCUAUGUUGCGUUGGCAAUUUACGCGUGAGAGUAAAGUGCUCCAGCUUGCGAGAGCAUCAUGUGGACUCGCGCCGUUCAUAAUCACCGCGGAUCACGCCCCGCCGCAAGGUCAAAAGGCACUUCUUGAGGAACAUGGCGGGAAAUACAUCGUUCUCGGAAAUGAUGACACAUCUCCAACCCAUUUCAAAUGGGGUCAAAUCCUGCAUGCUGUGCGAGCCGAAGGCUUGAGAAGUAUCAUGAUCGAAGGGGGAGGGCAGAUCAUUAACUCGCUGCUUGAGCCUGGCUCACAUCAGCUUGUCGACUCAGUCAUACUAACAAUAGCACCAACCUGGCUGGGCCAGGGCGGUGUCGUUGUGUCACCUGCUCGACGGCUUGGACCCUCUGGAGAACCAAUCGCUGCGGCUCGGCUUACCAGCAUCGCCUGGAUCCCUCUCGGCGGAGAUGUCGUGCUUUGUGGGAGACUAGCUCAACAGACAUGAGGCGGUUGAGCGUUCAUUCAACCAGAUACCUUAUAUUCUGAACAUGCUACCGGAUUUUGUCAUAGAUGGCCCCUCAUCUUGAUUUCGAGCCAACGAAAGGGGAGAUAACACAAGGCUGUGACGAAGAAGGCCAUUUCGAAGCCAAUGUCACC